AUGAAGCCUAUCGUCAAUCGGGCGUUCCUCAAGACUAUUGAAGAAAUUUUCCAUUCCGGCCAGUUGAGUUGGGACGCACAGCAGAGACUUCGUCAUGGACAUGGCCACACUCAGGAAGAUGUGUACAGCAUCAAUUUUGGCGUUGGCAUCGGCCGGGUUCCUGACUUGGUCGUGUUUCCAGAAAGUGUUCGGCAAGUAGAACGGCUCAUAGAAUCGGCCGUCACCUGUGAUGUCUGUUUGAUCCCCUACGGCGGGGGCACGAAUGUGAGCCAGGCACUUCGAUGCCCUGAGGUCGAGUCUCGGAUGAUUGUAUCGGUUGACAUUAGCCGCAUGGACAAGAUACGGUGGGUUGAUCCGGAAAACCGCUUAGCUUGCAUCGAAGCUGGGGCCGUGGGCCGUCACAUUGAAGCGGCUCUCGGUCACCAUGGCCUUUGUCUGGGCCAUGAGCCGGAUAGCAUGGAAUUCUCUACCCUGGGUGGGUGGAUCGCAACUAAAGCCAGCGGCAUGAAGAGGAAUCAGUACGGCAAUAUUGAAGAUAUAACGUUGGACGUGGAAGCUGUCUCAGCAUCUGGGGUUCUGGCCUUCACACCGAAUAUUGCCCCCCGCCAGUCGGUCGGUUCCGACCCGAAGACCUUCAUAUUUGGCUCAGAAGGGAACACCUGUAUUAUAACGGCUGCGGUCGUCAAGCUCCGACCUCUUCCCGCUGUGCGAUAUUACGGUUCGUUCGUGUUCCCCUGCUUCGAGAGCGGGAUACAAUUUAUGAAAGAAAUGUCCCAGGAGAGUGUACAGCCAGCCAGCAUCCGACUGGUUGACAAUAUGCAACUUCGCUUUAGCCAGGCUCUCAAGCCCACCCCAACCCUGUGGGCCAGCCUAAAAAGCAGGUUCGAAGCGAAAUAUCUGGGGUUGGUGAAGGGGUUCAAUCUCCACGAAAUGGCCGCCUGCACUCUGGUUUUCGAGGGCAAAAAGAUGGAUGUGCAACGUCAGCAACAAAUCGUUCAUAAAAAAGCAAAGAAAUUCCAUGGGCUAGAGGCCGGAGCCGAAAAUGGGAGGCGUGGGUACGAAAUGACGUUUGCCAUUGCGUACAUCCGUGAUUGUGUUAUGAGUCUUGGGUGUUCGCCGAGUCAUUCGAGACUUCUUGUACAUGGAGCAAUGCCCUGGGGUUAUACGAAAAUGUGA